AUGGUUAAUGAUAAAUGGUUAGAGGUUAUGCCUCAAACUACUAUUGAGAAUUUAUCUUUUGUUGGUUCUGAUCAUAGUCCCCUGUUGAUGGAAAUGACUAAGGAUAUUGAGAGCCACAUCAAAUAUUUCAAGUUUUUACAUUUUUGGAUUUACAAUGGCAUUUUUGAAAAAAUAGUACAACAAUGCUGGGAAAAGGGUGUCAAUGGUAAUCCAAUGUGGAGACUGCAUCAGAAAAUGAAGAGUGUAACAGGUACUCUUAGCAAAUGGUCUAAGAAAGAGUAUGGCGAUAUCUUUAAUAAGGUUAAGGAAUUUGAGGAAAAUAUCAGGCACUCAGAGGAGGAACUUAUGACAAACAACAAUGAAGAUAGUAGACAGAAACUUCAUCAUAUGAAUGCAAAUUAUACUAGGCAUUUGAAAAUGGAAGAAUCUAUCCUUAAACAAAAGACUCAAUUACAAUGGUUUAAGGAUGGUGAUGUCAAUACCAAAUAUUUUCAUGCUUUGAUGAGAGGUAGAAGAAGGAAGUUAUUUUUGCAUAAGAUUUAUAAUGAUAAUGAGAAGUGGAUACAAGGUGAGGAGCAAAUAGCACAGGCAGCAUGUGAUUAUUAUCAAAACAUUUUUAAAUGCCAGAAUGAGAGAAUAGAUGACAGAAUUCUCCAGAAUAUUCCUACAGUAGUCACUCCUGAACAGAAUGAGAUGUUGCAAGCAAUUCCUAAUAUGGAGGAACUCAGACAAGUUGUGUUUGCAAUGAACCCAAACUCAGCAGCAGGCCUGAUGGUAUUGGAGAAUAUUAAUUACAGAGGUUUCUUUAUGGAAACUAGAGGACCCCAGAUUAAUCACUUAAGUUUUGCUGAUGAUGUUAUUAUUUUUGCAUCUACUGAUAGACAUUCCCUGAAGCUUAUUAUGGACAGAUUAGGGGAAUAUGAAAGUACCUCUGGCCAGCUUAUUAACAAAGCAAAGAGUCAUUAUAUGGUUCCUGAUAAUACAGCAAAAGACAUCAUCCAUACCAUUAAAGAAGUGACUAUUUUUUUCACAGAAAAAAACCCUAUUACGUAUCUAGGAUGUCCUCUUUAUAUUGGUAGACAAAGGAUUAUUUACUAUUCUCAUUUAGUGGAGAAGGUUUCCAAAAGAGUGUGUGGCUGGCAGGCAAGACUACUUAGUUUUGGGGGCAGAAUUACAUUGAUCAAACAUGCCUUGCAAUCUAUACCUAUUCAUACUAUGGCUGCCCUAUCUCCCCCCAGUACUACUAUUAAAUACAUUGAGACUAUCAUUGCUGAUUUUUACUGGGGAAGGGAUCAAAAUAGAAGGAAAUAUCACUGGGCAUCUCUUGACACAAUGAGCUUCCCAUACACAGAAGGUGGGGUAGGGAUCAUAAUACUGUCAGACAUUUGCACUUCUUUACAAUACAAACAAUGGUGGAAUUUCAGGUCUAGAGUAUCUUUAUGGAGUCAAUUUCUUAAAGCCAAAUACUGCCAAAGAGCUCAUCCAGUGGCAAAAAAGGUUAAUACAGGAGAUUCAUUGAUGUGGAGAUACAUGAUGAAACACAAGCUUCAAGUCGAGGAGAAUAUAGGCUGGAAAAUCAAAUCUGGAAGUUGUUCUUUUUGGUGGGAUGACUGGCUAGGAAUGGGUGUUCUAGCUACUUAUAAUACCUCUAUAUCAAGCCUUAACAAUGAUACCAUUGCACAUUUUUUAGUAAAUGGACAAUGGAAUGAAAGGAAACUGAGACAACAGGUACCUCCUCUUCUUAUUCCANCCAUUGCACACUUUUUAGUAAAUGGACAAUGGAAUGAAAGGAAACUAAGACAACAGGUUGUGCAGGGAGUUAGAGACAUUGCAGUUUGGAAACUCACUGAAGCUGGAGAGUUCACUUGUAAAUCAGCCUGGGAAAUGUGCAGGAAGAAGAAGGCUACUGCAGUCCUUAAUUCACAAAUUUGCAGGGAUGGGAUGAUAUUAAACACAUCUUCCUCCAAGGACAUGUUGCAGGCCAUAUCUGGAAAUAAUUUGCAGGCAGCAUGGGACUCCAGCUGUUGCUAUUCCCCCUUGGAAGAUACACAGUGUGUGCAUACUUACAGGGAGGCGAAUGGUACUGCUGAUCUAUUGGCCAAAUAUAGUCAUCAACAAGACAUUGUACAAAAUUAUUACACUCAUCAUCAAUUACCUCUACUAGUUAAAGGAAGCUAUCUAUUAGAGAAAUUGGGAGUACAAAAUUUCAGACGCAAGAAGCUUAAAAGAAUUAAACAACCACCUUGA